GUAUCUGUAAAUAACAAGAAAGGUGAGUAUCUUAGUAUUUAAAUGUUUUUCAUGUACUGGCCAGAUUAUUGUUCGGGUUUCAUAAGGUUAAAAAAACGAAGAGAAAGUUUAGAGACGAACAGUCUUUAUAAAAACCGAACUGUUCCGAGUCGAAAGCGAACAGGUGGCAAUUCUAGUUGUAGCACUUUCCUGUAGAUGUGACAGUGCCAAGAGAUGCUCCUUCCUGUGCAGCCUUUGCCUCAAAUACUAGCGGCUCAGCGCUGGGGGUCGCACAUCAGGGCAUGAGAAGCUCUGGGCUAUGCCUCCCACUGUUCAUCCCUGACUCCCAGCACAGCUCCGGCAGCUGCAAGACCCGCCCCUUCCCCCCAUCAUCAUUAGCAGAGAUUACCCUAAACACUUGCUCUUUACUUCCCUUCUCCCUCCAGGCAUUGGAGAGGGCGGCUGUCAAUCAGGCGGCACCCGGCGCGGCUCAGCAGCAGUGAGAGAGCGACAAGCAGACAAGCUGAGGGGAGAGAUGGAGGAGGAGAUGCAGUCGCCAGAGGAGGGGCCCUGCCUCCCAAAAAUCUACAAGCAGAGGAGCCCCUACAGCGUCCUCAAAACGUUCCCCGGCAGCAAGAGGUCCCUGAGCAGAAGGUACGACCGACCCACCAUGGUGGAGAUCCCACAUCUGGGGGCGCAGCAGCAACGCGCACACUUCCAGCAGCCGCAGCAGCAUCCGACCUCCAUCAGCAACAGCGAGCAACAGUCGCAUCAUCAUCAUCAUCACUUCCAGCAGCAGCAGCAGGCGCACAGCUCGUAUCAGAACGGGCCCAGCAGGGCAGCCACGUCCACCACAUCCACCACAUCCCAGUGCCAACAGAGAGGGGUCGCCGGGCAUCUGGGCUCCAACAACAGGUUCUGCCAGCAGCCGACCCCCGGCAACAGCAGCCUGGAACUGAGUGCAGAAAGCCGAACGAUACUGGACGCGUUUGCCCAGCAAUGUAGCCGAGUUCUAAACCUCUUCAAUUGUGGAGGAAAACUUCUAGACUCCAAACCUCCACAGUCAUUGAUGUCUUGUGUAAAACAGGAGAAUAACGGUUACAUUGACAGGCCGGAUCAGUGUCAGUUAAAUAAGGCGUUCCAUUACCAACCUUCAGACAAACCAGAUGUAGAAAUGCAGUACGUCAAGAAAAAACAGCAGACUUCAGCUUUCUUGCGGGUCUUUACAGAUUCACUUCAGAACUACCUUCUAGCCGGUAACUUCCCUGCUCGGAAUACCUCUUUCACUAACGACUACGGACAUUUAACUGAUAUGGACACAAUCUCAUCCUCUCCAGUACAUACAAUGGGUGGAUGGACAUCCCCGGCAACUUCUGAAUCACAUGGUCAUCCAUCUUCGUCAACGCUUCCAGAAGAGGAUUAUGAUGACGAGGAAGAAGGUUACUGCCCUAGGUGCCAAGAGCUGGAGCAGGAGGUGAUCUCUCUGCAACAAGAAAACGAGGACCUUAGACGGAAGUUAGAAAGUGUACCAGUGCCCUGCCAGACGGUGUUAGAUUAUUUGAAGACGGUACUUCAACAUCAUAAUCAGCUUCUCAUGCCACAGCCGAUUGACCAGCCAACAGAGGGCAGCAAACAGCUGUUGAAUAACUACCCUGUCUACAUCACUAGUAAACAGUGGGACGAGGCAGUCAACUCUUCGAAGAAAGACGGGCGACGGCUUCUUCGAUACCUCAUUAGAUUUGUUUUCACAACAGAUGAGCUUAAAUACUCUUGUGGCCUUGGGAAAAGGAAAAGGUCAGUGCAGUCAGGAGACACUGGUCCUGAAAGACGCCCCCUGGAUCCAGUUAAAGUUACAUGUCUCAGAGAGUUCAUUAGGAUGCACUGCACAUCGAACCCUGACUGGUGGAUGCCUUCAGAAGAGCAGAUAAACAAAGUGUUCAGUGAUGCUGUAGGACAUGCUCGCCAAGGUCGUGCCGUGGCCACUUUCAUCCACAACGGAAACUCAUAUUACGACGGCAUUGACCCACAGCUGUGUCAGGAGGAGAUGUUCCACCGAAGUUCUCACGAUGGAUCUGGAGAUUGACGUAAAAAGAAAACGAAAGCACUGUGACGCUCAAACGAGAUAAAAAAAAAACAUGUUAGCCACAACAAAAAUGGAACCAGUUGGUGUAAUAGUCCAGUCAGUGUGUCUUUAAUGUUCUGUCACUGCGGCGGGUGCCGGUAGAAGACCCUUUUGAGCAGCGAAGCUUCUCAAAGAACCCAAAGUAUUCCUGGAGCCAGAUGUUAUUGUCCGUGUGUCACCUCAGUACUGCUUCAGGGACUCGAGCUCUGUUCCGUGACUGUUAAACGUUCUAUUCGAACGACUGAAUAAUAACACAGGCGUUCAGGCCCUGAAUCAAACUAAAGAGAAAUGUGUUGGUCUGUUCCGUAGACUUAGCUUUAAUAGAAUUUGCAUUGUACACUAUACUAUUUAGUUAACUUAUGCAAACCUGAACUUGUUAUAUUAUCCCGUGUUCAUAAAGGCUGUCACCACUACCCACAUACUGAGUA